AUGGCCGAUCCAUUGUCAUCGCAGCCUCCUGUGACGUUCUCGUCGCAACCUCCACCGCCAACUGCAUCGCAGACUGCAUCACAAGGACCCCCAUCUUCCUCAAAUACAGCAGCCGGAGAACAAUCGGGAAAGAACCCGGAGCCAACAGUCGUACCGAAGCAAGAGCCCGUGCCAGAUACCACCACCCUCGAUGCGUCCAUCGACCAAGAUAUAGCUAACAGUGCCGCCGACAAUACGGCUGCUAAUAAUAUGGCCAACGCAACCGAUCCAGACGGCUCUGUCCCACUCGGCAACCCAGUCCAGGGUGCAGAAUCAGCGGACGCCUUAGGAACAGGCACAACUCCUCCUAAAAAGGAGACCAGUCUGCGUGAGUUCCUGGGCAAGAUGGAUGAAUAUGCGCCCAUUAUCCCCGACGCCGUAACAGCUCACUACCUCACUCUUGCCGGCCUACCUCCUCCUGGGAACGGACCAAACCAAACACCGCCUCACCUGGCCCGUCUGCUGGCGUUGGCCGCUCAGAAAUUUAUCGCCGACAUUGCUGCCGAUUCAUAUCAGUAUGCACGUAUCCGGGCCUCCAACAGCUCGUCCGCCAGCAACCCCAUGGGUAGUCUCAACGCCGCCUCGGGACUCAACAUGCCCACGGGUGCUGCGGGCGCGGGGGCCACAAGCGCCGCAACCGGUGUCUCCGGGGGCGAAACAAGCAAGGGCAAGGCCGGCACGCAUCUGGGAAUUCAACGACCUGGAUUUGGAGGUGGUGGCUCCGGCGGGUCAGGACAGGGACGGACGGUUCUCACCAUGGAAGAUCUCGGCAUGGCAGUCUCUGAAUAUGGGGUGAGUGUUAAGAGAGGGGAGUUCUAUCGGUAA